AUGGAAGAGUUAGAUGAAGUACAGAUACAUCCGGAUGACCCCGAGAGAAAGACACACAUAGGGUCCCGCCUCAAGCCCGAGACAAGAGAGAAGCUGACAGAAUUCCUCAAACAGAACCAAGAUUGUUUCGCCUGGUCCCACGCCGACAUGACCGGAGUCCGUCAGGAAGCAAUGGUCCACCAGCUCAAGGUAGACCCAGAUCACCCACCAAUGAAACAGAAGAGAAGGAAAUUCGCAUCAGAGCGUAACCAAAUUGUCAACGAAGAGGUCGAGGAGCUCUUGAGUAAUGUAGAGCUUAGUGAGUUCGACAUAUCAUACCAGUCUCGUACCGCCAUCAAGUCUCAAGCUUUAGCUGACUUCAUUGUUGAUUUCACCCCGAAUACCACCACCCAAGCAGAAAGUGAAUUGUUAUGCAUGAACGGCGGAUCGCCCUCCAAGUGGACUCUCUUAGUGGACGGCUUGAGUAACGUAAAUGGAAGCGGACUUGGAGUGGUACUGAUUACGCCAGAAGGAGACAUCAUCCCGCGGGCAAUACGGUGUGGGUUCAAGUGCGCGAACAACGAAGCUGAAUAUGAGGCCCUCAUAGCUGGACUUUCCUUAGCCAAAGAAAUUGGAGAAAAGAAACUAGGGGUGAAGUCUGAUUCCCAGCUCGUGGUCAAUCAACUGCAAGACACGUAUCAAAUAUGCGACUCGAAGAUGACAUCCUACUUGAGCAUGGUCAAGGAGCUACAGGCCCAAUUCGAUGAGUUCUCCAUCGUCCAAAUCCCCAAAGCGGAGAACUCCCAUGCUAAUGCCCUUGCCAAUCUUGGCUCAGCCCUCAAAUGCUCUUCCCAAUCAUCCAUCCCUCUGUUAUUCAUGCAGUGGCCCGCCAAUUGGAAGGGACGACAACCAAACAAGUCGCCCGAGGAAGCCAUGGGUGUUGAACUAGCUGAUUGCUGGAUGACUCUGAUAGUGAGAUACUUAACACGACGAACUCCCAGCUGA